UGGUUCUGUCACGUCGCGAAAUUCUUUCAAUUUCGAACUCAUCUCUAAAACGUCAAAAUAAAUAAACACCAAAAAUACGCUAGUUAUACCACAAUUUGAUUAUAAGUUAGUGGGUGUAAGCGUAAUAAGUAUAAAAAAAUGGUUCACACUACUAUGGAAGGUUCUUUAUUUGAGCCGACAUUAUACAUAGUGAAAGGCAUGUGCAUACUGGAUAAUGAAGGCAACAGAAUCUUGGCUAAGUAUUAUGACAAAAAUAUACUUACAACAACAAAAGAACAGAAAAGUUUUGAAAAGAAUUUAUUCAACAAGACUCACAGGGCCAAUGCAGAGAUCAUCAUGCUGGAUGGCUUGACAUGUGUCUACAAGAGUAAUGUGGACCUUUUCUUCUAUGUUAUGGGCAGUUCACAUGAGAAUGAGUUGAUCCUACAAUCAGUUCUAAAUGCACUGUAUGAGUCUGUCAGCAUACUACUGCGCAGGAAUGUUGAGAAGCGAGUCAUAAUGGAGAACCUGGACUCUGUGAUGCUUGCCUUUGACGAGAUCUGUGAUGGAGGUGUGAUCUUGGACUCGGAUCCGACGUCCAUCGUGGGUCGUGCAGCGCUACGUACUGAGGAUGUGCCGCUCGGCGAGCAGACUGUAGCCCAGGUGCUGCAGUCCGCCAAGGAACAACUUAAAUGGUCGCUGUUGAAGUGAAACUAAGAAUUAAAUAUCGCACUCAGAAACAUUAAUUGGACACUAAGGAUGUUCUAGAUAUUAAGCUAAAGACACCAUUAAAUAACUGAGUGUGAUAUCAAGCAUUUAUAUUUAUAACUUUCAUAAUUCCAUAAUAUAUUUACAUAGGAUUAAUUUUGUUUUAUUUUAUCAAGUUUUUUGUAGAUAAUCUGUAGCUAUCUGGUAAUUAAAAAAAAACAACAUUUAA